AUGGCCUUAGUGCUGUGGGCCUUUGGCCUGCUGGGCUUAGCCUGUUUGGUAUCAGGCAACAUCUUUGAAUACCAGGUGGAUGCCCAGCCGCUUCGCCCCUGUGAGCUGGAGAGGGAGAGGGCCUUCCUGCAGCAGAUGAAUUAUAUUCCCCAGUGCUCUGAAGACGGCAGCUUCCAGACCAUCCAGUGCCUAAAUGACGGCCGCUUCUGCUGGUGUGUGGAUUCUGAUGGCAGGGAAGUUCCAGGCAGCAGGCAGCCAGGGAGGCCAACAGCCUGCCUGUCCUUCUGCCAGCUGCACAGUCAGCGGGUCCUGCUGAGCGGCUACAUCAACAGCACGGUCACGUCCUACGUCCCUCAGUGUCGGGACUCAGGGGACUACGCGACUGUGCAGUGUGACCUGGGGCAGGUGCAGUGCUGGUGUGUGGACACGGAGGGGAUGGAGGUGUAUGGUACCCGCCAGCUGGGGAGACCAACGCGGUGUCCCAGGAGCUGUGAGAUUAGAAACCGUCGUCUGCUGCAUGGCGUGGGAGACAAGUCCCCCCCACAGUGCUCUCCAGAGGGGGAGUUCAUGCCCGUUCAGUGCAAGUUUGUGAACACCACAGACAUGAUGAUCUUCGAUCUGAUCCACAGCUACAGCAGGUUCCCAGAUGCAUUUGUGACCUUCAGUUCCUUCCAGCGUAGGUUCCCUGAGGUGUCUGGGUACUGCUACUGUGCUGACAGCCAAGGGCGGGAGCUGUCUGAGACAGGUUUGGAGCUAUUAUUGGAUGAAAUUUACGACACCAUUUUUGCUGGCCUGGACCUGGCUUCUACUUUCACCGAAUCCACUCUGUACCGGAUACUACAGAGACGGUUUCUAGCCGUGCAGUUAGUCAUCUCUGGAAGAUUCCGAUGCCCCACGAAGUGUGAAGUGGAGCAGUUUGCAGCAACCACCUUCGGUCACCCCUACAUUCCGAGCUGCCACAGGAAUGGGGACUACCAGGCCAUGCAGUGCCAGACACAGGGGCCGUGCUGGUGUGUGGACGCCCAGGGGAGGGAGACCCCUGGAACUCAGCAGCAGGAAGGGCAGCUGCCUGCUUGUGCUGGAGACUGGUCUUGUUCCUUAGAAAGGCAGCGGGCCUUGUCCAGGCUGUACUUUGGGACCUCCGGCUACUUCAGCCAGCACGACCUGCUCUCUGUCCAUGAGGAAAGAUGGGCUUCUCAGGGAGGAGCGAGGCUGGCCACGUCCUGCCCAUCCAGGAUCAAGCAGCUCUUUGUCAACUCAGGGCUUCUUCACCUAAUGGUGGAAGAGAAGGAUCCACAGUUUUCUGCAUUAGAAAGUCUGCUUGGAGAAGCUGUCAGAGCUAUUUUUCCCUCUCGAGAGCUGGCCCGUCUUGCCCUUCAGUUUACCACCAACCCAAAGCGACUCCAGCAAAACCUCUUUGGAGGGACUUUUUUGGUGAACCUUGGCCGGUUUAAUUUGUCUGGAGCCCUUGGCACAAGAGGCACAUUUAACUUCAGUCAAUUUUUCCAGCAACUCGGUCUCCCAGGCUUCCAAAAUGGAAGGGGACAAGUAAAGCUAGACAAAGCACUUUCAGUGGGAUUGGAUUCAAAUUCUGACACAGAACCCCUCAGUGCUACGAAUAAGCCAAUCAUGGGCAGCUUUGGAUUUAAAAUCAAUUUGCAAGAGAACCAAAAUGGCUUAAAGUUCAUUACCACUCUUUUGGAGCUUCCAGAAUUCCUUCUCUUCUUGCAGCAUGCUAUUUCUGUGCCAGAAGAUGUGGCAAGGGACUUGGGUGAUGUGAUGGAAAUGGUGCUCAGCUCCCGGGCCUGUGAGCAGACCCCUGGAAGGCUUUUUGUACCUUCAUGCACAGUGGAAGGAGGUUAUGAGAGUGUCCAGUGCUUUGCUGGAGAGUGCUGGUGUGUGGACUCUUGGGGCAAAGAACUCCUGGACUCAAGAGUGAGAGGCGGACAGCCAAGGUGUCCCACAGAGUGCGAGAAGCAAAGGGCUCGCAUGCAGGACCUUGCACGCAGCCAACCUGCUGGGGCCAGCGUGUCUAUCCCUUCUUGUACCCGUGAGGGCCAUUUCCUGCCUGUCCAGUGCUUCAACUCGGACUGCUACUGUGUUGACACCGAAGGUCGGGUUGUUCCUGGCACUCAGAGUGCCAUUUGGGAAUCCAAGCAAUGUCCCAGCCUCUGUCAGUUACAGGCUGAGCAAGCUUUCCUGGGCACCAUACGGGCCCUGCUCGUCAACUCCAGUGUGCCACCCACCCUGUCCAGCAUCUAUGUUCCACAAUGCACUGCCAGUGGGCAGUGGCAGCGUGUGCAGUGUGAUGGGCUCCCAGAGCCAGUCUUGGAGUGGUAUGAUCGAUGGAGGGCUCAGCACCCUGACACCCAGGAGCUAAGCCCUGCCAGGCUGCUAAGGACCAUCAUGAGCUAUAGAGGGGCAUCUUCCAGAAACUUCCGUCUCUUUGUUCAAAGUCUAUAUGAGGCUGGCCAGCAAGGAUUCUUCCCAGUGCUGGCACAAUUCCCUUCCCUCCAAGAUGUCCCACCGGCAGUGUUGGAAGGGAACCUGACUCAGCCUGCAGAGAACAUCUUCCUGGAGCCCUACAUCUUUUGGCAGAUGCUCAGUGGCCAGCUCAGCAGAUACCCGGGGCCCUACUCGGACUUCAGCAGGCCACUGGCACACUUGGACCUCCGGAGCUGCUGGUGUGUGGAUGAGGCUGGUCAGGAGCUGCCAGGGACUCGGGCCCAACCAAACCAGGUCCCAGCAUGUCCUGGCUCCUGUGAAGAGGCAAAGCUUCGUGUCCUGCAGUUCAUUAAGGAAACAGAAGAGAUUGUUUCAGUUUCCAACACUUCUCGGUUCCCUCUGGGGGAGAGUUUCCUAGUGGCCAAAGGAAUCUGGCUGACGAAUGCAGAACUCAGCCUUCCUAGGUUUUUCCCAUCCCGAGAGGCCUUCUUUGAGAAGUUUCUGCAUGGGAGCGAUUACACUAUUCAGCUGGCAGCUCAGUCCACCUUAAACUUCUAUCAGCGCUACCGUGCUUCCCAGGGUGACCUAACUGCAACAGCUGCCCCUUGGUGGCCAGACCCCUACAUGCCACAGUGUGAUGCAUUUGGAAGCUGGGAGCCCAGACAGUGCCACAUGGGGACUGGUUACUGCUGGUGUGUGGAUGGGACAGGCCAGUUUGUCCCAGGCUCACUGACUGUCUACUCCCCGCAGGUCUUGCAAUGCGCCUCCCGCUGUGAGCAGUCUCGAGCCAAUGGGCUGCUUUCUGGUUGGAAACAGGCUGGAUCCCAAGGAGACCCAUCCCCAGAAGACCUGUUCACCCCAACCUGCCAUGAGACAGGAGAGUUUGUCAUGAUGCAAGCGUCAGGCACCGGUACCUGGUGUGUGGAUCCUGUGUCAGGAGAAGGCAUGUGGCCCAGCACAAAUGGCAGCACCCAGUGCCCAGGACUCUGUGAUGCUCUCCGAAGUGGAGCCCUGUCCAGGAGAGUCGGCCCAGGAUACAUCCCAGCCUGCAGGGAACAGGAUGGGAGCUUUUCCCGAGUCCAGUGUGACCCAGCCCGGGGCAGCUGCUGGUGUGUCCUGGACAGCGGAGAGGAGGUGCCCGGGACCCGUGUGGUGGGCAGCCAGCCUGCCUGUGAGCGCCCUCAGUGUCCGCUUCCCUUCCUGAGCGUGUCAGACGUGCCUGGCGGAGAGAUCCUCUGUGAGAGAGCCUUGGACCUGGGAGAGGCCACCGUCCAGCAGUGCCGGCUGUGGUGUCGCCAGGGAUACCGGAGUAUAGUCCCAUCGGGACUGCUGGAGUGCAGCCUGCAGAGCAAACACUGGGUGUCACAGCCUCCCCAGCCCCUGGCCUGCCAGCGGCCGCAGCCGUGGCAGACUGUACAGACCGGAGUACACUUCCGGCUCCAGCUCCCCCCAGGCAAGAUGUGCAGCGCUGACUACAAGGGCCUGCUGCAGGCAUUCCAGGUCUUCAUACAGGAUGAGCUGAUGGCCCGUGGCUUUUGCCACAUCCAGGUGUGGAAGACUGGGGCUCCCACCUCCCAUCCUGUCUGUGACAGCUCCUCAGUACAGGUGGGGUGUCUGACUACAGAGCGUCUAGGAGUGAACAUCACAUGGAAAUCCCAGUUUAAGGACAUCCCUGCGACUUCGCUUCCAGAUCUGUAUGACAUUGAAAGGGCCUUAUUGGGAAAGGACCUCCUCGGGCGUUUCUCAGAUCAGGUCCAAAGCGGCACUUUCCAGCUUCAUCUGGAUUCCAAGACGUUCUUGGCAGACACUUCCUUCCUCUUCCUGCAAGGCAACAGCUUUGCAGCCUCUCCGAGGACAUGGUUUGGGUGCAUGGAAGGAUUCUCCCGAGUCUCAGCUACCAGCAAUGCCAGCGGGGAGCCUCUAGGGUGUGUGAUGUGUCCUGAAGGAAGCUAUUCUCGUGAUGAACAGUGUCUUCCCUGUCCUGUUGGGUUCUACCAAGAACGGGCAGGCACUGUGGCCUGUGUCCCAUGUCCUGCAGGCAGAACAACCAUUGCCGCCGGAGCCUUCAGUUGGACGCACUGUGUCACUGACUGUCAGAGGCAUGAGGCAGGCCUGCAGUGUGACCAGGAUGGCCGGUACAGACCCAGCCAGGAAGACAGCACCAGUGGGAAGGCCUUCUGUGUGGACAGUGAGGGGCGCAGGCUGCUGUGGUCACAAACAGAGGCCACGCUCUCCGACUCUCAGUGUCUGAGGAUGCAGAAGUUUGAGAAGGCUCCCGAGUGGAAGGUGAUCUUUAAUGCUGAUUCUCCUGGGAUGGUCAGGUCCAAAGUGCCUGGCUCUGAAUCCCCACUGAUGCAGUGCUUGGCAGACUGCGCACAGGAUGAGGCCUGCAGCUUCUUCACGGUGUUCACCACAGAGCCAGGGGUCACGUGUGAUUUCUAUGGCUGGACGAGCGACAGCUUCGCCUGUACCACUUCUGCCCAGAAACAAGAUACUCUGGAGAGCCUGCAGGUCUCUGACUUCGGAAGCCUUAGGUGCCAGGUGAAAGUGAGGAACCACAAUCAAGAAUCUCUGGCUGUGUUUUUGAAAAAGGGCCAAGAAUUCACCACGGCAGGCCAGAAAAACUUGGAACCCACUGGUUUCCAAAACUCACUCUCUGGAUUGUACAGCUCCAUGGUGUUCUCAGCCUCCGGAGCCACCCUGACCGAUGUUCACCUUUUCUGUCUUCUUGCCUGUGAAAGCAGUGCCUGCUGCGAUGGCUUCAUCCUCUCGCAGAUCCCAGGAGGGCCCCUGGUCUGCGGCCUGCUGAGCUCCCCCGACGUCCUCCUUUGCAACACUGCAGACUGGACAGACUCCUCCAAGGUGCAGGCUAACAACACUGAGUGUUGUGGGGUGACCUAUGAGCAGGGGUCCCACCAGGUGACAUUUCGUCUAGGAGGCCAGGAGUUCAAGAAAAGUCUGGCACCCCUGGAAGGAGCUCCGGGCACUGUUACCGGUUUCCAGCAGGUUUAUCUCUGGAAAGAUUCUGACAUGGCAUCUCGGCCUGAGUCCAUGGGAUGCCGAAGCGAUGUGGUACUGAGGCCUGAAUCUCCAGCAGAGACAGGUUCACCAACAGAACUUUUCUCCCCUGUGGACCUCACCCAGGUCGUUGUCAAUGCAAACAGAUCCCUGCCCAGUCAGCGGCACUGGCUUUUCAAACACCUGUUUUCAGACGAGCAGGCAAAACUAUGGUGCCUUUCUCGCUGCUCCCAGGAGCCCUCUUUCUGUCAGCUCGCAGAGGUAACAGAGAGUACGCCCCUGUACUUCACCUGCUCCCUCUACCCUGAGGCCCAGGUAUGUGAUGACAUCCUGGAGUCCAGUGCCCGGGGCUGCAGUCUGGUCCUGCCACAGCAGCCAGGGACCCUGUUCUGGAAGAAAGUCGUACUGAACAACAGAGUAAAGAACUUUUACACUCGCCUGCCAUUCCAGAAGCUGGCAGGGAUUUCCAUUAGAAACAAAGUGCCCAUGUCUGACAAACCCAUUUCCAAUGGGUUCUUUGAAUGUGAACGUCUGUGUGACUUGGACCCGUGCUGCACCGGCUUUGGAUUUCUAAAUGUGUCCCAGUUAAAAGGAGGAGAGGUGACGUGUCUAACCCUGAGCAGCAUGGGAGUUCAGAUGUGCAGUGAGGAAGCUGGGGGAGCCUGGCGCAUCUUGGACUGUGGUUCUCCUGACACGGAAGUCCGCACCUACCCCUUUGGGUGGUACCAGAAGCCGAGUGCUCAGAGCGACGCCCCCAGUUUCUGCCCUCCGGCUGCUCUCCCUGCCCGCACCCAGAAGGUUGCUCUGGACUCGUGGCAGUCCCUGGCUGUCUCCUCAGUAGCUGUAGAUCCGUCCAUCAGGGACUUUGAUGUCGCCCACAUCAGCACUGCUGUCACCACCAACUUCUCAGCCGCCCGGGACUUCUGCUUGCUGGAAUGCUUCCAGCACCAGGCCUGCCGUAUCACCACUCUGCAGACCCGGCCCGGGGCUGUGCGAUGCGUGUUUUACCCUGACACCCAGAGCUGCACACAUAGUCUGCAGGGCCACAGCUGCCGUCUCCUGCUCCGUGAAGAGGCCGUUCACAUCUACCGCAAACCUGGUACCGCUCUGCUUCGCUCUGAGGCUGGAUCUGCACCUUCUGUGCCCAUAAUUCCCCAUGGCUGGCUGCGGGGCAGGUCCCAGGCUGUACGGGUGGGCACUGAAUGGAAGCUGGUGGACCAGUUCCUUGGAGUUCCCUAUGCCUCUCCGCCGCUGGCAGACAGCCGCUUCCAGGCACCAGAGCCCUUGAACUGGACAGGCUCAUGGGAUGCCACCAAGCCGAGGGCCAGCUGCUGGCUGCCAGGCAUCCGUACCCCCCAACCCCCUGGAGUCAGUGAAGAUUGCUUGUAUCUUAACGUGUUUGUCCCAGAGAACCUGGCACCCAACACAUCAGUACUGGUGUUCUUCCACAACAAUGGGGAGGCGGAAGUCACCAAAGGACAGCUGACAGUUGAUGGCUCCUUUCUGGCUUCUGUUGGUAACCUUAUUGUGGUCACUGCCAACUAUCGAGCGGGUGUCUUCGGCUUCCUGAGUUCUGGGUCCAGUGAGGUGCCUGGCAACUGGGGACUGCUGGAUCAGGUGGCAGCUCUGACCUGGGUGCAGACUCACAUUGGAGCAUUUGGUGGGGACCCUCAGCGCGUGUCCCUGGCAGCAGACCGUGAGGGGGCUGAUGUGGCCAGCAUCCACCUUCUUAUGGCCAGGACCAGCAGCCCCAGGCUCUUCCGGAGAGCCCUGCUGAUGGGAGGCUCUGUGCUCUCCCCAGCUGCAGUCAUCAGUCCCAACAGGGCUCAGCAACAGGCAGUGACUUUGGCAAAAGAGGUCAGCUGCCCCACGUCAUCCAGCCAAGAAGUGGUGUCCUGCCUGCGCCAGACGCCCGCCCACGUCCUCAAUGAUGCCCAGACCAAGCUCCUGGCAGUGAGUGGUCCUUUCCACUACUGGGGCCCCGUGGUUGAUGGCCAGUACCUCCGAGAAACCCCAGCCAGAGCCCUGCAGAGGCCUCCACGGGCCAAGGUUGACCUGCUUAUUGGAAGCUCUCAGGACGAUGGGCUCAUUAACAGAGCCAAGGCGGUGAAGAGAUUUGAGGAAAGUCAAGGCCGAACCGAGAGCAAAAUAGCCUUUUACCAGGCGCUGCAGAACUCACUGGGUGGUGAGGACUCAGAUGCCCGAGUCCUGGAAGCAGCCACGUGGUACUACUCCCUGGGACACUCUGAAGAUGACUAUGCCUCCUUCUCCCGGGCGCUGGAGAACGCCACCCGGGACUACUUCAUUACCUGCCCUACAAUCGACCUGGCCAGACUCUGGGCAAAGAGCACCCGAGGAAAUGUCUUCAUGUACCACGCCCCGGAAAUCUACGGCCAUGGCAGCCUGGACCUGCUGGCGGAUGUUCAGUAUGCCUUCGGGCUUCCUUUCUACCCUGCCUAUGAGGGGCAGUUUUCCCUGGAAGAGAAAAGCCUGUCACUGAAAAUCAUGCAGUUCUUGUCCAACUUCAUCAGAUCUGGAAAUCCCAACUACCCACAUGAAUUCUCACGGAAGGCACCUGAGUUUGCAGCCCCCUGGCCUGACUUCAUCCCGGGGGCUGGCAGAGAGAGCUACCAGGAGUUCAGCACCCUGCUUCCCAUUCGGCAGAGCCUGAAAGAAGCUGACUGCUCCUUCUGGUCCAAGUACAUCCAGGCCCUGAAGGCACCAGCAGGUGGAGCCCUAGAUGGGCAGUCAGCAGGGACUGAAGAUAAGGAUUUGUUGGCUGGGUCUGAGCUGGGACAAGACUUCCUGGACCUCCCAGAGCCAGGUCCCAAGAGCUACAGCAAGUGACCUUCCUCUGAGGUCCCACCCACACUGCCCACUGUGGUCACCUCAUUCUCUAAA